AUGAAGAAGAGACACCACCCAUCUUACUCCUCAUCUUCAUCAGAGGAUUACACUUCAUCUUCAUCAGAGGAGGACAUUUCUGUUAUGCGUAUCGCGAAGAUCAACAAGGACAUGAAGAAACCUAAACCUCAAGAAAAUGGAAACCCUAAUGGUAAAAAUUUCGUAAUUGAGCAAAAACCACCAACAAGGAUUGCAACUCCUUCAGAAAUGAAGAAACCUAAACCUCAAGAAAAGGGAAACCCUAACACCAUUAUUGAGCAACAACCACCAAUAAUGAUUCGUUCUGACAAUGUGGAUAUGAGUGCUGCGAAUCCCGUAGACGUGAAGGUUUAUGCAGAUUCAUACGUGUACGAGAUGGAUAUGCCGGGAAUGAAAUCUGGUGGUGAGAUAAAGGUUGAGGUUGAAGAGGAUGAUUACCUUGUGAUUAGCGGAGAGAGGAAGAGAGAAGAAGGUGUAGAGUAUUUGAGGGCGGAGCGAAAGGUUGGGAAGUUCAUGCGCAGAUUUGUUCUUCCUAAGAAUGCAAAUACUGAUGCUGUUUCUGCUGUGUGUCAAGAUGGGGUACUCAGUGUUACUCUUCAGAAAUUGCCUCCUCCUAAGAACCCUAGAAAAACUAUUCAGGUUAUCAUUGCUUGA